AACACCCCUAUCUUGGAACAACUUCUUCUCCCAUCGCGGCUUCCAUUUCAAUUUCAGCCUCCUCAACCUUUGACUCGAUUUUGGCCUUUCCUUUGCCAGUGUUCUGGUUCGCUUCGAGGAUUGUAUUGACAUCCAUGGCAGCGUUUUACUCGUUCAUCCAGCUGAAGACAGACGAGAGCCGAUUCUUUGGUUGGAAACUUGGUAUUAACGAUUGGAAUUUUAUCGGAGAGUCGCUGGUUUUCUACCUCGAUUCACCAAUCCUUACUAGAGCCCUCGUCUAG